UCUUCUGAAAAUCGCUCUUCUUCAUCAAGCCGGAGACCCGUAUCGUAUGGUUGUUUGUACUUUGCUAGCAAUUUAUUCUUUCUUUUCAAGAGCAAUGGCAGCCAACAAAGAGCGCACUUUUAUUAUGGUUAAGCCCGAUGGCGUUCAAAGAGGUCUAGUCGGAAAAAUCAUCAAAAGGUUUGAGUCCAAAGGAUUUAAACUAGUCGCUUUGAAGUUAACCUGGGCCUCUGAAGAACUGUUGAAGAAGCACUACGCAGACCUCUCCAGCAAGCCUUUCUUUCCCGGUCUUGUGAAGUACAUGGCUUCUGGCCCAGUUGUUCCUAUGGUCUGGGAAGGCUUGAACGUGGUGAAGACUGGAAGGUUUUUAUUGGGAACCACAAAUCCUCAGGACUCUAACCCCGGUACCAUCAGAGGAGACUACUGCAUUCAGACUGGAAGGAACAUCAUUCAUGGUUCAGACGCAGUUGAGUCUGCCAACAAGGAGAUUGCCUUAUGGUUCGACGAGAAGGAUCUCGUCUCAUGGACUCCAGCCUGCCAAGCCUGGAUCUACGAGGACUAAGUGCUUUACAUAAGAUCUGCGUCUUAAAAUAACUCACUCGUAAUUGUUAUACACUGCAUUUAAUAAAACGUCAUCGAUUCCAUUA